AUGGAAAGUGAAAGAAAGUAAGUCGUCAUCACAGGAAUCUCAGGUUUCCUUGGCUCUCAUGUGUGCAAGGUAUUCUUAGAAACGGGAAGGUAUAGAGUUAGAGGUACCGUUAGAGAUAGGAACAAUGAAAAGAAGAUUGCUCCUCUCAGAAAAGCUUUUGGUGACCAUUUUAAUGAACUAGAAUUAGUUGAAGCUGAUCUAAUGGACGCAUAAUCUCUGGACAAAGCAAUUGAAGGCAUGGAUUACGUAAUACAUACUGCAUCACCAUUUCCAAGUGAAACCCCAAAGGAUGAGAAUGAAAUCAUUACACCUGCUGUUGAAGGAACAAUGGGAGUAUUAAGAGCCGCUCACAAGUAUAAAGUAAAGAGAGUUGUCAUCACAUCAAGCGUUGCCUCUAUAAUGUUUUAGACUUAGGAAACAUCUAAGGACAUUUACACUGAAGCAGAUUGGUCUAACCUCAAAGGAUGUGAGCCUUAUGAGAAAUCUAAGACCUUAGCUGAGCAAGCUGCUUGGGAAUACUUAAAAGGACUUCCAGAGCAUGAGAGAUUUGAGCUUGUCACCAUUAAUCCAUCUUUGAUUUUCGGGCCAAGUCUUAUUUCAUCUGAUUUCACCUCUGGCCUGGUAAUCUAAAAGAUUAUGGCUGAGAAGUUCCCAGGAGUGCCAAAGAUCAUGUUCCCUAUUGUUGAUGUCAGAAAUGUAGCCUAUGCCCAUUUGAGAGGACUCGAGGUUGAAGAAGCAAAUGGCAAUAGAUUCAUACUUAGUGGUAAAGGAGUCUGGUUCUUUGAAAUAGCCGCUGCAUUGAAAAGUGAAUUCGGAAAAUACUACAAAAUCAGAGAUAGAGAAUUAGCAUACUGUACUGUUAAAAUCGCUGCCUUGUUUGACAAAUCAGUCUAAAUGCUAAUUCCUAUGUGGGGAAGGAAACUCAAUCUAGAUAACAAAAAAUCUAAAGAAGUGCUUGGUAUUGAAUACAUUUACCCUUAGAAGUCUAUCAUCGACAUGGCUCAAAGUAUGAUAGAUGCUGGUAUUAUCAAAAAUAAGAUCAAGGACUGA